CUGAGUUUGGAGUUUUCAGAGAGCCUGGGGCUGCCCAUGUGGGUGGUGAGUGGCAUGCCUGGUCUACUGCAAUGGUGUGCACUUUUCAGAGGGUCUCAGGGAUACAUCUCCCUUUUCACUGGUUUCUUGAUUCUUCCCCCCCCCCCCCCAAAGGAUGAUGGGGAUCUUCUGCAUGCCUAAGCAUGUGUUCUAAUCCUGAGCCAGGGCUCAUCUACUGAAAGAAAGCAACAUCAUUGAUAGKAGGGUUUYGCUGCCAUCCACAAAGCACCUUUGGCCCCUCUGUUCCCCUUUUGACUCCCUGGCUUCCUCCACAGCUUGGAGGAGGAGAAGUGUCUGGGUGGCUCGGCCUUCCUUCUAGCAGCAGGGCUGGACUUGGUGGCCUCUGGCUGAAGGAGCUCUUUCAGCGUUUGUGCCAUUUUGAAGGGAGAUUGGAUACAUUUUUAAUUUCUUUCCACCCACCCUCACUCUCCAGCUGGGCUUAGCUGGCACAGUUGCGAACGUGGCCAUCUGCAUUGUGCGACGGGGGGUGGGUGAGGGGUAGGCUGGCUGGCUCCGUAGCCAAGUCCAAACCCUUUCUUUUGUUCUCGGGCCUUCUGCAGUGGUGCUGAUAAGGCACUUGGGUGAUUGCGGCAAUGUCUUACUACCUUUUUGAGGCGGACAGCAAAGGAACAGCUGGGAGUGUACACUCUCCUUCCACAAGCAUGGCAGGCUCUGGGCAAUACAGGCAGCUUAUAAAUGACUACGGGCCACCGUCUCUAGGCUACACACAAGGAGUGCAGCAGGGCACUGGUAGCAGUCAAGUACCACAGAGCAAGUAUGCAGAACUUUUGGCUAUCAUAGAAGAAUUAGGAAAAGAAAUUAGGCCUACUUAUGCUGGGAGUAAAAGUGCCAUGGAAAGACUAAAACGAGGCAUCAUUCACGCAAGAGGACUAGUCAGAGAGUGUUUGGCAGAAACUGAGAGGAAUGCAAGAUCCUAGCCCUUUCCCAGCUGCAGGAUUUUCCAUCUCUUUUCUUCAAAAAGAAAGAGACAUCCAUUCUUUUGGAAAUUAGAGAAACUGUCAGACAAACUCCUUAACUGGAUUGUUCUACUCCACUUGCCCAAUUUUCAAGAAUGUGGCCAGGGAUUGAAAUCAUUAUAUGGGAUGCAUCCAAUAGCUUUGGGUACCCACUAGAGAAUUGGGGUCCCCCCUCCUCUUUUGAACAAAUAUAUCCCCGUGUCCUGGUACCUUGUUUCAAAAGCUGUUAAUCACCAUGGUGAAACAGUCAAAAAAAGCUAAUGGAAAUCCUCUGAACCUCAUUUUUUAGUUUUGGAAACUGGACAGUCAAUUGUAGGAGAGUGUGCAACAUUGAAAUCCAGACACUCCCUGCAUUCAGUUUGAAGACUGAAAAAAAAGGUCCUGCAUGUUGUAUCCACCCCGAACCCUCCGUUUUUCUCUUAAACCCUGGGAUUAUUACUUUUUGGAACACAACUCCCAGAAUCCUUGUCAGUGGUCAUGCUUGCUGUGGGAUUCUGGCAGAUGUAGUCCAGAAAAAAACAUUUCCAAGCUCAGCUUUCUCAUGUUCUCUUUCUUCAACUGUUUCCAUAAGCCAGUGUUUUUUCAGGUUGCAUUCCUGGGGAUUGGAAGCCUCCUCAGCAGCUUUCCAGGGUCUCCUUCCUCACAAGACCAGUGACUCUCUCCUUUGGUCCUACAGGUAUUUUGGACCUCAAUUCUCUGUGCCCAAAGAGCUCAAAACCUCUGGAGGGUCAAAGGCUAGACCAUUCUUCAAAGGCACAUUGUCCAUUCACAUGGGCAGUCAGUAACAACAGGGUUGGCACAUAUGCCCCCAAAAUACAUCCCAGAAUCUUCCAAAAUACAAGUUUUCCAUGACGAACACGGGCUUCCCACAACAGGAAAUGCAUAAAGGUUCUUUCAAAGUACAAAUGUUUGAUUGAAAAUGACUACUUGAAUUUCUGUACCCAUUUUGUUUUUGGCUUUGCCUCACAGCUAAACUAUUCUUAGGAGUUAAACCUGGUGAAUACAGAGGCCACCAUUUAUUUUUCUUAGCCAAUAACAUCCUAAUUCCUGGAAUUUGUUGUACACGGCAUAAAUUUCAUUCAAAAACAAUUCCUCCUCCCAAUUUCCUUUUGCAUGACUAUUAUGUGUUUCAGAGUCCACGGAUACAGGACAAAAUUCUACAAAAUCAUCCGAUUCAAAAAUGGCACAGGGCCCCAAAGAACUGUAUGCCUGAUUCCCAGAUUUCAACAGUAACUUUGCAACUUUGUAUGUAUUUAUUACUUGAUGUAAUAAAGCUUAUUUUCAGUAACAA